GCUUCCGGAGAGCCGGCUGGCGGCGGCGACCGAGGCUGCCUGCAGAGACACGGUCCUUCCCUUCCCUACCCUGGGAAGGAUGGACAUGUUGGCGGUGCACCCCCCGGACGGGCCCCCCUUUCUGGGGGGGAAGCCCCCAGGAAACCCUCCCCGGACCCUGCAGCCGGACAGCAACUCCAAUUUCGUGGCCAGGGCCUACGACGCCAACGAGAACUGGAGCCAGGGAGUGGACGGAGCCCUGAGCCAGGAGGCGUCUCCUCCUCCUCCUCCUUCCGACAACCAGGCAUUCCUGGGGAAUGGGCCGCCCCCCGCCCCCGAGUCCGCCUUGCUCUCCCCACCUCCUGAGGAGGUGGUCCGGAGCCCUCCUGAGGGGGCCGAGGGGAGCAGGGCCCGGCCAGAGAAAGCCGGGCCCGGGCCUAGCUCAGCAGGCUCCCCACUGGAGGACAUCGGUUACUCCAGCAGCUCCCUGAGCAUCGACAGCAGCCCGAGUCCAGCCUACGAGGUGCCUGGGGUCCUCACCAGUCCGGUCCCGGAGUCCCCAGAGCCCGACCCCCUCCUCCCCACCCUGACGGCGGCUGUCCUGCACCUGCAGGCCCGGGAGAGGUUCAAGGAGUGGGAGAAAGAGAAGCAUCACGUUCACCUGGUCAUGUACCGUCGGCUGGCCCUGCUUCAGUGGAUCCGCGGCCUGCAGCAGCGCCUGGUGGACCAGCAAGCCCGCCUGCAGGAGAGCUACGACACCAUCCUGGACAACCGCAAGGAGCUCAUCCGACGCCUGCAGCAGGGGACCGGCCCACCGCAACGCUCCGCUCAGGACAGCGGCUGAGCUGCCCUCCCCUCGCCCCUCCUCCCCACCCCAAUUCUGUGCUCCCCCAUCCUCUGGCUCCUGCUGUCCCUUGCCUGAAUCCUCUCCCACCCCCACGUCUGACUGAGUACCAAGUCUCGGUUAUCCAGGGCCCGCUCAUCCUGUUUGAGCGGCAGCUGGAGCCUUUUGGUUUCUCCUUACUUCGGGCCUUUUCCCUGCUCAUUGGUGGCUUCAAAGGGGACAGGUGGAGAGGAAACCCAGCCCCAUCCAUGGUGUUCUGAUUAAAGAUUUCAUGGGCGAGGAGACGGAGAUUUGGGGAUUAUCCGUGGCUUCCCUGGGCACCGUUUCAUCCUCUCACUGUAAAUAAUUAAGAGGAGGGAGAACAGGGACUGCACGUAUUGUAGUUUCAGAGCCGGAGCUGGGGCGUUAGGACAAGAGUGGGGGUAAGAGAGAGCUCCGGCCCUCAGCAGAGGCUGUAUUUAACUGCCCUGGGGAUUUUAAUUUAACCUUCAAGUGUUCCACCGAAACAGAUCCCUCUGAAAGUCAAAUUGCAUUAGGUGGGCCCAGAAUUCACCAGGCUUCCCCUCUGCCAGGUGAGCUACUCUGUGUCUACCAGCUCCCACAGUGCAGGGAGGAGGGGAGUGGCAGUGGAAAUUCAGAAUGCGAUUUGUGAACCGCUUUGGCUAACUGGUUCAUCACAGUUUAGAACCUCGUUGAGGUUAAUUAACAUGAACCACACCCCCUUUGUGCCCCUUACCUAAUUUAAUCCCUCAACAAGAUGCUACCAACAGUAAUUUCUGGCUCGCUGUUUCUGAGCAACCUAAACCUGAAUGGUGGGUCGGAUGCCAUAGUCGUCCAGUUUUAUAUACAAGAUGGUCCAGUUUUCAGCUGGAUCAUCCCCAAUCCACAGAGGAUCCAUCACUGGACCCCUUUAAGGCUGGUAUUUUAAUUUUCUUUAAUAUCUCUCCUCCUUCAGAGAAUACUAGGAAGGGAAAAUCUCUGGAAUUCUCUCCCCCCCGGAGAAACAUUCUAGGUUUAGGUGGACUCAGACUUUUGCAAACUAUUGUGUAUACUAUUAUGAUGUUAUUCUGUGUGUCUGGUAUAACAUGCAUGAUGUCACGUGUGCCUCAAAAUCUGGGUCUCAAUCAAGACUGCCAGCGGCCACCUUAAUGGCAGGUGUAUGGACUUUGGAUUCUAGUAAAAAAAAAAAAAACUAGAUCA